AUGGGACAGCUGGCAGCGACCCCCGCCCCGCUGGGCCACGUCCCGCAGGGAGCAGAGGAGCGCUCCGCCCAGGCCACCGUGGCCGCCUGGCACCGGUACCGCCAGCUCUGCGAGCUGCACCUGCGCCUGGCCCCGCCCCCCGCAGGACCCGUCUGCAACCGCAGCUUCGACCUGUACGCGUGCUGGGGGGACGCUGUCCCCAACAGCACGGCCACUGUCCCCUGCCCCUGGUACCUGCCCUGGCACCACCGAGUGCAGGGCGGGGUGGUGGCGCGGCGCUGCGGCCCCGACGGGCGCUGGGUGACCGACGACAGCGGCCGGCCCUGGCAGGACAACUCCCAGUGCGAGGACCUGGCGCAGGUGCAGCCGCUGCAGCGCCAGGCCUGGCUGCUGGAGCAAUUCCGCCUGCUCUACACCGUGGGAUAUUCGCUGUCCCUUGUCGCGCUGCUGGUGGCGCUGCUGCUGCUGCUGCUCCUCAGGCGCCUGCGCUGCACGCGGAACCUGAUCCACGCCAACCUGUUCGUGUCGUUCGCGCUCCGCGCCGCCGCCAUCCUCACCCGGGACGCGCUGCUGCCGCACGGCCACCGCCGGGGACAGCGACACGGCCACCUCCUGCAGCUGCUGGGCGUGCAGGCGGGCCCCGCGUGCCGCGUGGCGCAGAGCCUGGCUCAGUACUGCGUGGGCGCCAAUUACGCGUGGGCCAUGGGCGAGGGGCUGUUCCUGCUGCGCCUCCUGCUCGCCACCUCGGGCCGCCGCUGCCUGCCCGCCUUCCUGCUGCUGGGCUGGGGUGUCCCCGUGCUCUUCGUGGUGCCCUGGGUUGUGCUGCGUUACCUGUACGAGAACGAGGGGUGCUGGGAGCGCAACGAGAAGGUGGCGGUGUGGUGGGUGAUCCGCUGUCCCAUCCUGGCGGCUGUCGCGGUGAACUUCGUGGUGUUCGUGCGGAUCGUGCGGAUCCUGGUGGCCAAGGUGCGCGCGCACCAGGUGUCCCGCGGGGACACGCGGCUCAGGCUGGCGCGCUCCACGCUGACGCUGAUCCCGCUGCUGGGAGUUCACGAAGUUCUCUUUGCCCUGGCCGGGGAGGGCGAAGGCGGCGGCGGCCUGAGGCUGGCGCGGCUCUGCCUGCACCUGCUGCUCACCUCUGCGCAGGGGCUGGUGGUCAGCGUCCUGUACUGCUUCACCAACAAGGAGGUGCAGGCUGAGGUCCGGCGGGGGUGGCAGCGCUGCCGCCUGGGCGUGCCCGGCCCCCCCAGGGCCCCCCCGAGGGGUCCCUCCCGGCGGGGGCAGCGCCCGGUGGCCGAGAGCGGCUGCUGA